AUGAUUUUUCAAUCUUUUCUACUAGGUAAUCUAGUAUCCUUAUGCAUGAAGAUAAUCAAUUCGGUCGUUGUGGUCGGACUCUAUUAUGGAUUUCUGACCACAUUCUCCAUAGGGCCCUCUUAUCUCUUCCUUCUCCGAGCUCAGGUUAUGGAAGAAGGAACCGAGAAGAAGGUAUCAGCAACAACUGGUUUUAUUACGGGACAGCUCAUGAUGUUCAUAUCGAUCUAUUAUGCGCCUCUGCAUCUAGCAUUGGGUAGACCUCAUACAAUAACUGCCCUAGCUCUACCAUAUCUUUUGUUUCAUUUCUUCUGGAACAAUCACAAACACUUUUUUGAUUAUGGAUCUACUACCAGAAAUUCAAUGCGUAAUUUCAGCAUUCAAUGUGUAUUCCUGAAUAAUCUCAUUUUUCAAUUAUUCAACCAUUUCAUUUUACCAAGUUCAAUGUUAGCCAGAUUAGUCAACAUUUAUAUGUUUCGAUGCAACAACAAGAUGUUAUUUGUAACAAGUAGUUUUGUUGGUUGGUUAAUUGGGCACAUUUUAUUCAUGAAAUGGCUUGGAUUGGUAUUAGUCUGGAUACGGCAAAAUCAUUCUAUUAGAUCGAAUAAGUACAUUCGAUCUAAUAAGUACCUUGUGUCAGAAUUGAGAAAUUCUAUGGCUCGGAUCUUUAGUAUUCUCUUAUUUCUUACCUGUGUCUACUAUUUAGGCAGAAUACCGUCACCCAUUCUUACUAAGAAAUGGAAAGAAACCUCAAAAAUGGAAGAAAAGGUGGAAAGUGAGGAAGAAAGAGAUGUAGAAAUAGAAACAGCUUACGAAAUGAAGGGGACUAAACAGGAACAAGAGAGAUCCGCCGAAGAAGAUCCUUCUCCUUCCUUUUUUUCGGAAGAAAAGGAGGAUCCGAACAAAAUCGAUGAAACGGAAGAAAUCCGAGUGAAUGGAAAGGAAAAAACACAGGAUGAAUUCCACUUUCGAUUAACAGAGACAGGCUCUAAAAAUAGCCCAGUUUAUGAAGAUUCUUAUCUGAUGAAUAUCAAUGAAAAUCACGACAAUUCCAAAUUCAAAAUACUUAUCAAAAAACCGGAAAAUAAAGACCUUUUUUGUUUUUGGUUUGAAAAACCUCUUGUGACUCUUCUUUUUGAUUCUAACCGUUGGAAUAGACCAUUUCGAUACAUAAAAAAUAAUCGAUUUGAAAACGCUGUCAGAAAUGAAAUGUCACAAUAUUUUUUUGACACAUGCCAAAGUGCUGGAAAGGAAAGAAUAUCUUUUACAUAUCCACCCAGUUUGUCAACUUUUUUGGAAAUGAUAAAAAGAAGGAUAUCUCUGCCUACACUACAAAAAUUCUCAUCUAAUGAACUCUACAAUCAUUGGGUUUAUACCAACAAAGAAAAAAGUAAUAAUUUAAACAACGAAUUUGUAAAUCGAAUUCAAGCUCUAGACAAAGAAUCUCUUUUUUUGAAUAUACUCGAAACAAGGACUAGGUUGUGUAAUGACAAUACUACAAAAGAAUACUUACCCAAAAUAUAUGAUCCUUUCUUGAACGGACCAUAUCGGAGAACAAUAACAAAAAGCGUUUCACCUUCAAUCAUAAAAAUAAAAAAAACUUCGAUAGACAAUUUCAUAGAGAAAGUUGGGAUAAAUCGGAUUCAUGGUAUCAUUCUUCCUGAUACUGAUUACCAAAAAAUUGAACAGAAAAUAGAUCGAUUUGAUAAAAAACCAUUAUCAACCGAAAUUGUUGAUUUCUUAACUUUCAUCAAUGAACUUGGUAAAGAAUCAGGAUCCAUUUUAAAUUCUAGGGGUCUUUCUGUAUUUUCAGAUAAAGAAGAAGGAAGAAUAGAUUCAGAAAAAGGAACAAAAUAUUUGAAAUAUUUUCAAAAUAGAAUUGUAACUGAUACUAAUGUUCAAAAAAUUAGUAAAAAAUCGAUUCGAAUAAAAGAAAUCAGUAAAAAAGUACCUCGCUGGUUAUACAAAUUAACCAGCGAGUUGGAACAAGAAGCAGGAGAAGAUCAAGAAAACGGACCAUUAGAUCAUGAAAUUCGUUCAAGAAAAGCCAAACGCGUAGUAAUUUUUACUGGUAACAAGGAGCAUACUGAGGAUACUAAUCCUCCUGAUCAAACAGACGAAGUCGCUUUGAUACGCUAUUCACAACAAUCAGAUUUUAGGCGAGGCAUAAUAAAAGGUUCUAUACGUGCUCAAAGGCGUAAAAUAGUUAUUUGGGAACUGUUUCAAGCAAAUGUGCAUUCCCCUCUUUUUUUGGACAGAAUAAAAAAAUCCCUUCUUUUUUCUUUUGAUAUCUCUGGGUCAAUUAAAAAAAUUUUUAGAAAUUGGGUAGGGAGGGGGUCAGCAUUCAAAAUUGUAGAGUAUACAGAAGAGCAAACAAAAAGAGAAGAAAAAAAAGAGAAGGACAAAAAAGAAGAGAACAAAAGAAAGGAGAACGCGCGAAUAGAGAUAGCAGAGGCCUGGGAUACCAUUCCAUUUGCGCAAGUAAUAAGGGGUUCCAUGUUAAUAACUCAAUCUCUUUUUCGAAAAUAUAUUCUAUUACCUUCAUUGAUAAUAGCGAAAAAUAUUGGACGUAUGUUAUUAUUGCAACUUCCUGAAUGGUAUGAGGAUUUAGAGGAAUGGAAUAGGGAGAUGCAUGUUAAAUGUACCUAUAAUGGUGUUCAAUUGUCCGAAACAGAAUUUCCACAAAAUUGGUUGACAGAUGGUAUUCAGAUAAAAAUCUUAUUUCCUUUGUGUCUGAAACCUUGGCACAGAUCUAAACUCCGAUUCUCUCAUAAAGAUCUAAUAAUGAAAAAGAAAAAAGAAAAAGAUGAUUUUUGUUUUUUAACAGUUUUGGGAAUGGAAACCGAACUUCCUUUUGGUUCUCCCCGAAAACGACCCUCUUUUUUUGAACCCAUUUUUAAGGAACUCGAAAAAAAAAUUGGAAAAUUUCAAAAGAAAUAUUUUCUACUUCUAAAAAUUUUUAAAGGAAAAAUAAAAUUACUUCGAAAAGUUUCAAAAGAAACAAAAAAAUGGGUUAUCAAAAGUGUCGUUUUUUUAAAAAAAAUAAGAAAAGAACUCUUAAAAGUAAAUCCAAUUCUCUUAUUUCGAUCAAGAAAAGUAGAAGUAUAUGAAUCGAGUGAAACUAAAAAAGAAAGAGAUCCCAUAAUCAGCAAUCAGAUGAUUCAUAAAUCAUUUAGUCAAAUUGCAUCUCCAGAUUGGACAAAUUCUUCAUUGACAGAAAAAAAAAUGAAGGAUCUGACUGAUAGAACAAAUACAAUUAGAAAUCAAAUAGAAAGAAUUACAAAAGAGAAAAAAAAAGUAACUCCGGAAAUAAAUAUUAGUCUUAACAAAACAAGUUAUAAUGCUAAAAGAUUAGAAAAAUGGCAAAUAUUAAAAAGAAGAAAUGCUCGAUUAAUUUCUAAAUUACCUUUUGUUUUUCAAUUUUUCAUUGAAAGAAUCUACACAAAUAUAUUUUUAUCUAUCAUUAAUAUUCCCAGAAUGAAGAGAAAAUUAUUUCUUGAAUCAACAAAAAAAAUUAUGAAUAAAUCCAUUUACAAUAAUGAAACAAGUCAAGAAAUAAUUAAUAAAAAAAAUCAAAAUCCAAUUGAGUUUAUUUCGACUAUAAAAAAGUCACUUUAUAAUAUUAGUAAUAGUAAGACAAAUUCACAUAUUUUUUAUGACUUAUCGUACUUAUCACAGGCAUAUGUAUUUUACAAAUUAUCACAAACCCAAGUUAUUAACUUGUAUAAAUUAAAAUCAUUUCUUCAAUAUCAAGGAAUCCCUUUUUUUCUUAAGCCUGAAAUAAAGGAUUCUUUUGAAACACAAGGAAUAGUUCAUUCUAAAUUAAAGGAUAACAGACUUCCGAGUUCUGAAAUGAAUCAAUGGAAAAACUGGUUAAGAGGGCAUUAUCAAUACGAUUUAUCUCAGAUCAGAUGGUCUAGAUUAAUACCACAACAAUGGCGGAAUAGAGUUUAUCAACGUCGUAUGGUUAAAAGGAAAAAUUUCAGCAAAUGGAAUUUAUAUGAAAAAGACCAAUUAAUUGAUUCCAAAAAAGAAAAUAUUUUGGAAGUCUAUUCAUUAUUGAAUCAAAAAGAUAAUUUUCAAAAAUACUAUAAAUAUGAUCUUUUAUCAUAUAAAUCUAUUAAUUCUGAAAAUAAAAAGGACUCAUUUAUUUCUAGAUCGCCGUUUGAAGGAAAUAAGAAUCAAGAGAUUUCUUAUAAUUACAACACAUAUAAAGAAACUUUUUUUGAUAUGCUGAGGAGUAUCCCUAUCAAUAAUUAUCUAGGAAAGGGCGAUAUUCUAUAUAUGGAAAAAACUCCCGAUAGGAAAUAUUUGGAUUGGAAAAUUAUCAAUUUUGAUCUUAGACAAAAAGUCGAUAUUGGGGCCUGGAUCACGAUCGAUGCCAAUAGUAAUCAAAAUACUCAGAUUGUUACUAAUAAUGAUCAAAUAAUUGAUCAAAAAAAUAUUUUUUAUCUUAUGAUUCCAGAAAUGAAUUUACCAAACUCCCCAAAAGUCUUUUUUGAUUGGAUGGGGAUGAAUGAAAAAAUACUAAAGCGUCCCAUAUUGAAUCUGGAACUUUGGUUCUUCCCAGAAUUUUUGUUACUUUAUAAUACAUAUAAAACGAAAUCUUGGUUUAUACCAAGCAAAUUACUUCUUUUAAAUUUGAAUAGAAAUGAAAAUAGUAAUGAAAAUCAAAAUCAAAAGAUUAAUGAAAAGCAAAAGGGAAGUUUUUUGAUACCAUCGAAUAAAAAAAUAAAGAAUCGAAAUCAAGAAGAAAAAAAAACCACAAGCCAAGGGGAUCUUGGAUCCGUUCUUUCAAACCAACAAAAAGAUAUUGAAGAAGAUUAUGCGAGAUCGGACAUGAAAAAAGGUAAAAAGAAAAAACAAUACAAAAGUAACACGGAAGCAGAACUAGAUUUGUUCCUGAAACAUUAUUUGCUUUUUCAAUUGAGAUGGGACGAUACUUUGAAUCAAAGAAUGAUCAAUAAUAUUAAGGUAUAUUGUUUCCUGCUUAGGCUAAUAGAUCCAAGAAAAAUUUCUAUAUCCUCGAUUCAAAGGGGAGAAAUGAGUUUGGAUAUAAUGCUGAUUCAGAAGAAUUUAACUCUUCCAGAAUUGAUGAAAAGGGGAAUAUUGAUUAUCGAACCCAUUCGUCUGUCUGUAAAAAACGACGGACAGUUUAUUAUGUAUCAAACCAUCGGUAUUUUGUUGGUUCAUAAGAGUAAGCACCAAACUAAUCAAAGAUACCGAGAGCAAAGAUAUGUUGCUAAGAAUAAUUUUGAUGAAUCUAUUCCACCACAUGAAAGAAUAACAAGAAAUAGAGACAAAAAUCAUUUGGAUUUGCUUGUUCCUGAAAAUAUUUUCUCAUUUAGACGUCGUAGAAAAUUAAGAAUUCUAAUUUGUUUCAAUUCAAAGAAUAGGAAUGAUGUAGAUAGAAAUCCUGUAUUUUGCAACGAAAAGAAUAGCAGCCAAGUUCUAGGUGACAGUAAUCACCUUGAUAGAGAGAUAAAUCAAUUAAUGAAAUUGAAGUUCUUUCUUUGGCCUAAUUAUCGAUUAGAAGAUUUAGCUUGUAUGAAUCGCUAUUGGUUUGAUACCAAUAAUGGCAGUCGUUUCAGUAUGUUAAGGAUACAUUUGUAUCCACGAUUGAAAAUUCGUUGA